UUCCUGAGCCCUUCGUCAUUGACAUUUAAUAUUACCACUCUCUCUCUCUCUCACACACUUUCUGUGUUUUCCUCCAUUUUCUCUUCCUCUUCGGCUUCAUUUUCAUCUUUAUUUUAACAUUCUUGAGUUUCAAUUCUAUUUUAUGUUUUCCUUUCCAAGAUCUUGAACUUUUGGCUCUAGUUAAAUUUUGAAGCUGGAUCACUUCAUUUUCCUUCUUCCUUAAUCACAUCUUUAUAAAAACUUUUCAAGCAUGUAAAUUUUCCUCUUCCAUUUUCCAUAGUGUCCCAUUUUCCUGAAAAAAAGAAAAAAGAAAAAAAAUUGUCCAUGCAAAGAGGUGAAGUUAUUUAUCUUUAGUUUUAUUGUAGAGUUUAAUCUGGCUUGUUUAACUCUUCUUCUUCCUUAGAAGCAGAUUUAUAAAAGCCUCUAAAUCAUGUAAUUUUAGACCAUUUUUAUAUCAAUCUCAAACCCAAAAAAAAAAAAAAAUUCUAGUGUUUUUUAGGAGUAUUUUAUCCAUGCAUUUCUUCAUUUCUGCAUAAAUAUUUUGAUAUAUUCGUAGCUUUAACGAUCCUGGAAAGGAUCAAAAUUACCCUGUGAAAAUAUCUUUAUAAAAGCCUUCAAAUCAUGUAAGUUCUCUUUUAAAUUCUAGCUAGUAUUUUAUCUUAAAUCCCCCAAAAAAAAAUAUUAUUGUGUUUUUAAAAGGAAAAAAAAAAAAAAGAAUAUGCCAGAAGGGGGUGCAGGAACAUUAUCGGUACCGGCAACUCCAGUAUCGGCACCACCGACUCCAGGGACACCAGGUGGACCGUUGAUUUCGUCUCAGCGAAUCGAUUCGCUAUCGUACGAUCGGAUGUCAAUGCCGCGUUGCAAGUGUGUACCAGUGACUGCCCCCAUGUGGAGUACAAAUCCUCACACAUGCGCUAUUGAAUUGCCAGUUCCAGAUGUGUCCUUCACUCGUAAGCUAGGAGCGGAAUUUGUGGGAACCUUCAUCCUAAUUUUCGCAGCAGCAGCAGGUCCCAUAGUGAACCAGAAGUACAAUGGCGCUGAAACCCUAAUCGGCAACGCAGCAUGCGCUGGGCUGGCAGUGAUGAUCAUUAUCCUCUCCACAGGACACAUUUCCGGAGCCCAUUUGAAUCCCUCACUCACCAUCGCUUUUGCAGCAUUUCGACACUUUCCCUGGACUCAAGUUCCCGGUUACAUUCUGGCCCAAGUGACAGGCUCCAUCUGUGCUUCAUUUGCCCUAAAAGGAGUAUUUCAUCCUUACCUAUCUGGUGGUGUUACCCUUCCUUCUGUCAGCACUGGCCAGGCUUUCGCUCUCGAGUUCAUUAUCACUUUCAAUCUUUUGUUCGUCGUAACUGCUGUGGCUACAGACACUCGAGCGGUGGGAGAGUUGGCAGGAAUUGCUGUUGGAGCUACUGUGAUGCUUAACAUUCUGAUUGCAGGACCAUCAAGUGGUGGUUCAAUGAAUCCUAUGCGAACUUUCGGGCCAGCCGUUGCAGCGGGAAACUACCAUCUAUUAUGGGUAUACCUAUUGGCACCGACGCUUGGAGCCCUAGCCGGCGCUGGUAUCUACACCCUGGUGAAGCUUCAAGAUGAUGAGGUUAAUCCAUCGCGUCCAGUCAGAAGCUUACGCCGUGACUCAAGUAUGUCAGUUUGAGAUAUAAUAAUCCGAGAAGUUAUGUAUAAUUACUAAAGUGUUGUUGAAGAAUAAAGGGGGCAAGAGACUAGAAGUUCAUGUAUACCCUAGAGUUGAGCUGAAUAAGUGUUGCACUGUGCAUGGUGCUCAUUCUUCAUCAACUCAACCAAAAUAUUUGUCAUGUUCAAUGAGUGUUUAUGUUUGAUUGGCUACUCUGGAGGAAGUUUGGUUUGCUUUUAUAUGCGUGUUGUGUUAUGAUCAAUAAAGAAAACUAGCAUGUUGUUGUGUGUAA